AAUUGUGAAGACCAUAACCUUACUUUAGUGUGUUCCACAAUGGUGUGAUAUUUUUGUUCUAAAACCAUUGAAAAUCUCUGGAAAAUUCGUGUAAUAUCUGUGAAAAGUACUGUGUACAGAAUUGCGCAGCAAACAUGAGCACUCGACGUGGAGCUACGACACGCACGAGGCCUCAAAAAUACAAGAAUCACACUGCUUUCCGGAAUGAUCUACACGACAAGACUCCUGUGACGAAGUUCAUCAACUCCCUGCAGGUCUCCGAGGUGUGUGAGCACUGUCGGGGUGUAAUUGAAUGGAAGAUCAAGUACAAAAAGUAUAAGCCACUUUCGCAGCCAAAAACGUGCAUCAAGUGUGGUAAUCGCUGCGUGAAGAAGGCUUAUCACGUCAUGUGCCGAGAGUGUGCACUGAAGUUGAAAGUCUGUGCAAAGUGCAACAAAUCGCCGGACGAUGGAGGCAUUCUGCCACCGGUGCCGACGCCGCAAGAGCAGAUGCGAUUGGACACGGAGAUGCAGCAAAUGAUCAAGAGAUUGCCGGAGAGAAAACGCCGCACAUUCCUGCGAUUCAUGAACAAGGGCAAGAGAAAAACCACAAAGGAUGAAGACGAGGAACCUUCAGCCGAACUAGAUUUAGGUGAACCGAGUCAAAAUUCUAAUGAGAAUGCUUCAGAGAUUCCAGAAACAAUUCCUCACACACGCGAGGAAUUACUGGAGAAGAUCCAAUCGCUGAACCUCUGUGCAGACGAGUCAGACGAUGAUUUUUCUGGUAGUGACUUCGAUGAUGAUGAAUUUGACGACUCUGAUUCUCAGAGUAAUUGUUCCCGAGAAUAAAAACUAUCAAUUAAUUGAACUACACGAUCUGAUAGUGAUGGUUCAAGCUCUGCGGGGCAAUCAGAGAGCAGAAUGGUAGCGGGAAAGAGUAGAAAAGUCGGUCAACUCACAGAUUUUUAUCAUGUGAGCUUAAAUUGCAUUUUGACGACAUGGUAACUUCUCAUUUGACUUCAUCCAAGUCUCACCAAAUCGUUUGUACGCCUAUUUUUCCCAUUAACUCGUGGCAUGACACCUGUAAAGCCGCAUAAAUCAACAGCCCAAGGGGAAAAGCACAUUUUGAAAUGGUAGAAAGUCACUUUUUUCACAUCUGUUGAUCAUUCUCUCAAUAUUUGCCACUCUUUCACAUCAUCACCAACGCCACAGUCUUCCUUCUCUCUGGGUUAAGUGAAUAAUUACAUUGUGUGCAGUGAAUCUGGAUCCUCAAGCUAAGAGAUUUCUUGUACCCAUUAUGCAUUCGUAAUCUUAUAUAAUUAUUUCUUAAUAUAAUAAUUAUUUGAAUUGAAACGGGAAUUCUGACCAAGUCCACUCGAAAAUUCUUAUGUUAGCAUGUUUUAAUUAUUUCCGUGGCAAUUAUCGUACCAUAAUUUAUUAGGUUGCUUGGAGUUCACAUGAUUUCAUGAUCACAAAAAAUAAAAGCAUGAAAUACGGCCUUUUGCAAGACAGCCAGUCAUUCAGCAAUAUUGACAAAAAUUCACAACUUUUUUCUUCUGUGAAAUCGUUCGAAAAUGAGCUUGCGCGAAGCUACGAAAUCUCGGCUAUGAGCUCAAGAGUUUGCAUGUGUCUCACUCUCCCACGAGGGAUCACUUAGCAGAACAAUUACUUCUUCAUCUGCGAGAAAAAUUGCAAUUGAUUGUGUCUUGCGACCAUUUUUCAUCUUCACGCCGUGAGACGCAAUUUUCUUUCCACCUCAUUAGUUGAAUUGGUUAUUUCUUUGCCGGUUUUUUGCACCAAACAAGUCUCGGAUAAGCAUAAAUUUGUAAUUUCAUAAUUUUCUUCUUUUCGAUUUCAUCCAUUUUCCAUCCAAUUUAUUCAAUUCCUCCAUUUCAUAAUACACAAAAUGUUUUGCUCAAAGUGGAACAAAUGGCAUGUGAUUUAAAUGGUACUGCAAAAUGUCAAGAUGGUAAUUUUAGGGUGUAAAUAUUUAAUUUGAUUCUCAGGAGAGAUGAAUUGUGUUAGACAACAAAGAGAUGAAUGGAAAAUUAAAGGAAUUUGCAUUGCAUUUGCCGCUUUUGAUUAUUCACAAAAUCAACUUGGAACUUCCUAUACAAAACUUCCUUCAAUUUUCAGCAUUCCUCUGCAAUUUAGCUCGGUCGAAAAAAGAGAAAGAAAUAGAGAUGAAAUAAUAAAACAAUGUGAAUGAAAAUCACAGAGCGU